AUGGCUUCAGUCGGUGCUCUGUUAAUGCUGCUGCCGGUCGCUUGGACGUGUUCUCCACAGAAAGCAGACUACGUUAUGGUGUCGUGUUUCCCCAACGCCAUCAUCGCCAACGUCCCAGAGUGUCCGUACGGUUGGGAGAUCGAGCAGCUGUCUCUGGGCGGCGUCUGCUACACGGGAAUCCACAGUCCGGGUUAUUACCGCUUCAUCAUCCCCGACCUGACGCCCAGAAACCACUCGUACUGCGGCACUCAGUCCGAGUACAUGCCCGGCAAAGACCCCAAGUACAUCUUCUACAACUCGAUCGUGUCCAACGACACGUCGCUGACGGUCCGGAACCAGCCAGUGAACUACACCUUCAGCUGCAUGUACCGAGCAGCCUACCUGGUAAAUAACGCGGUGUUCAGCCAAAGAGUGGCUACAGUUUAUGUCAACAAUGGGAGUUUAGGCACUUUUAGAUCACAGUUGUCUAUGAACGUGUUCACGAAUUCAAAGUUCCUGUACGCUAAAGACGCUCCGUAUGUGAUCGACACUUCUGAGAUCGGCUCUGAAGUUUUUAUCGGCAUCGAGGCUAAAGGUCUAAGUAACAGAUUCAAAGUUGUGAUCAGCAACUGCUGGGCGACUCCGACUCCUUAUUCAACCGACAGGAAGAGGUGGAGUCUCAUCAUCAACAGCUGCUCCUCCGACAACACCGUGACCAUCUUCGAAAACGCCAAAGACAGCCGCUCCAUGUUCAAGUUCAACUCGUUCCGGUUCCAGCGGCUGGAGAAGGUUUCCACCGUGUGGCUCCACUGCGAGGUUCAGGUGUGCGACGGAGAGAGACUGGUGUGCCAGCCGAGCCCGUGCUCUAUGAGGAGUCUGUCGGCGGACGUCGAGCCGAGUGGAGGGAUCCUCACCGCCGAGUUUCACGUUAAAGGCACCUCGCUACUGAUGCUGCUGCUGGUCCUGGUGAACUCGUGUUGUGAUUUAGUGAACGGAUCCAGAAUGUAG